AGGAAUAGCGGAUUGUUAAAGUAGAAAACAAAUUUUAAAUAAAUUCAAACAAUUACUUAAAUAAAUUGUAAAUAUAUAAAAUAAAAUUAUAAAAAAGCCCAGUUAAAAAUUCAAAAAUAUUUUGCGAAUUACAAGAGAUUGGUACGAUUAGUUAAAAAACAGCAUCAUUCAUAAUGCGUUUAACGCCGUUUUUUAUAUGUUUUGGUCUGUUAGCAGCCAUAAUAAUUCAAGUAACGGCAUCGCCCGGUAACGAUGAUGAUGACUAUGAACCGCGUCACUUGAUGAACGAUCAAUCGUCUUUUUUCCAGUCACAAUCGGACUCACCAUUUUCCAAACCACUAGUGGGACUUAGUACGAAGCGAGCCGGACGUAAUAAGGAUUGGAAACAAGAUGUAGAUCCCAAAUCAGACUCAGCAGCUGAUUCGCUGGCGGAGGAUGACUCUGAAGAUGAUGAAGGUUCUACGGAAUACUAUGAUGAAGAGAGUGAUGAAAGUAAUAGCAGUGGUAGUAAUAGUGAAAGUGGUAGUAAUGAGUCCAUACCACGUUUAUUGUCACAAUCAGCAUUUCAUCGUAUCUCAGAAACGUUGGGUGCUUUAAAUACUGUAGGUCAUAUGCUAGUCGAUACGAUGCGGGGACAUGAUGCUAAGUCUGAUACGACUGUAUCGACAACAACUACUAGCACAACAACAACUUCAAUAAUUCCCACUGCUCAGGAUGCCGGAGAAACAUCCUCUAAGGUUUUAACUUUAUCGCCCGAGGAGAAUUCUGUUAUACAAGACGUUAGCUCAUCAGAUAUUCAAAUAGCCAAUAAAAGAAUUGGCCAAGAAGAGCCCAUAAGUAAGCCCAUGUUUGUGGAGAAUAAAGAGAUUAAGAAAAGAAAGAAAAAGAAGAAGACCAACAAGAAUAAGGUGAAGAAACCAUCGCAAGAUUUACAAGUUAACUCCACUAGCCUUAAUGCUCUACCCACCACUUUGCGUCCUUUAUCUACCACCAGCACUACCUUAGCUACUACCUCCAGACCUUACUCAGAUUCUGUAGCAUUGGCCACGGAUGAAUCUACCGCCAAAGAUGUAGAAAAUCGUUGUAAAACACCCAGUGGUAGACCGGGACGAUGUGAAGAUUUAAGCAGCUGUCCGGCUUUAUUGUUAAAUCUCAGCAGUUUGCGAGAAUCUUUAUGUUUCAAGAGCCUUUUUGUACCGGGAGUAUGUUGUCCUCUACCCGACACUCCCACAGUAUUAACCACACAAAGACCUCUUAAGUUAACGGCACGACCACCCACCACUGUAGCAACUACCACCCGAAGACCCAUAAAUCGCCCCUCUUCACCCAGUUUAGUGCUGAAACCUCAUGGUAAACCUUCUACUACUACGACUACCACAACCACAGAAGCACCUUUAGAACCCACCGACUUAGAACUUUUGGGAUCAAAUAGUAUUGUGGAUCCCGAAGACUGUGGUCAACAAGAGUAUUCAACUGGUCGUAUUGUGGGUGGUGUAGAGUCACCUAAUGGUCAAUGGCCCUGGAUGGCAGCGAUAUUCUUGCAUGGUCCUAAGCGCACAGAGUUUUGGUGUGGUGGAUCUUUGAUUGGUUCCAAAUAUAUUUUGACAGCUGCUCAUUGUACUCGGGAUUCGAGACAAAAACCAUUUGCUGCCCGUCAAUUUACCGUACGUUUGGGAGAUAUUGAUCUCUCUACCGAUGCUGAACCAUCAGCACCCGUAACAUUCGCCGUCAAGGAAGUGCGGGCUCACGAAAGAUUUUCACGUAUUGGUUUCUAUAACGACAUUGCCAUAUUGGUAUUAGAUAAACCAGUGCGUAAGUCCAAAUAUGUUAUACCAGUAUGUUUACCCAGAGUAGGACGUAUGCCACCAAAAGAACGUUUGCCCGGCAGAAGAGCAACCGUGGUGGGUUGGGGUACUACAUAUUAUGGUGGCAAGGAAUCAACCUCACAGAGACAAGCGGAACUACCGAUCUGGCGUAAUGAAGAUUGUGAUCGUUCUUAUUUCCAACCUAUAAAUGAGAACUUUGUGUGUGCGGGUUACUCGGAUGGUGGUGUGGAUGCUUGUCAGGGUGAUUCUGGCGGUCCUCUUAUGAUGCGCUACGACUCACGUUGGCUUCAAUUGGGUGUAGUUUCGUUUGGUAAUAAAUGCGGUGAACCUGGUUAUCCUGGUGUCUAUACUAGAGUCAGUGAAUAUUUGGAUUGGAUACGUGAUCAUACAAAGGACUAGUAACAAAUUAUUAGUAUUACAUAUAAAUAUGCUCAAGAAAAUGUGUUCUUUGUGUAUUUGUUUUAGAAAUAAUAACUAGUCUUAUGCGUUUUUAUAUAUAUAUUUUUUAUUGUUUAAAAUCUUGUUGAAUUUUAUGUAAUUUAUUAACAAAUACGAAUGUGUACGAUUUUUUUACCGUUUUGUCCUUAUCCAUACUAGUGUUUAGUUAUUUAAUUUAAUUAUAUACUAUAAUUUAUUUAAUUUAAAUUUAACAAAACAAGAAAUAUGAAUAAAAUGUAUAUGAAUAUUAUUACAUUUUUAGUAUAAA